AUGAUUGCCAAGGAGAUUGCACCAGCUCUUGCUCAGGAUCAGCCGGAAGAGGUGAAGCACGAUUCGCUAUGUCAAGCCAGAGAUCAUGUCACUACAGGCUUGGCAGGCUUGGUGGCAACCGAUCCGACUACUCAGAAAACGGGUGCACACGAGCAAGCACACCAGGCCGUGUUUCAGGCCAUGAAGGAGCAUGUGGAACGCGUCAACAAGGAUACGUGCGAUGCCGGCGAGGAAAACUCUUUCUUCGUGUGCGAUCUCGGCGAGGUGGAGCGCCUGCUGCGCUACUGGCGGAGAGAGCUACCGCGCGUGCAGCCCUACUACGCAGUCAAGUGCAACCCCGACGUGCGCGUUUUGGAGAGAUUGGCUUCGUUGGGCGUGAACUUCGACUGUGCGUCGAAGGCCGAGAUUGAGCGUGUGCUGCAGCUGGGGGUGGCCCCGGAGCGCAUCAUCUACGCAAAUCCGUGCAAGGUGUCCUCUUUUAUCCGCUUUGCGGCGGCGCGUGGCGUACGUCAGUCCACAUUCGACAACGUAGAGGAGUUGUACAAGAUCGCACGUUUCCAUCCGGAGUCCCAGCUCUUGUUGCGGAUCUCUACAGACGACUCCACAGCGCAGUGCCAGCUCUCGGCCAAGUACGGCUGCUCGCCCGACGAAGUGGACCCGCUGCUCGCUAAAGUGGCCGAGCUAGGCCUGAACCUAGUGGGUGUGUCGUUCCACAUCGGAUCUGGCGCUUCCGAUUUCUCCAGUCUUACACAGGCGGUCGUCGACGCGCGACGCGUGUUCGACCGUGCCGCGCAUUUCGGGCUGCCAGCACUGCGCGUCCUUGACGUGGGCGGCGGGUUCCAGUUCGACACCUUCCACCAGUCCAGCGCUAUCCUGAACGCCGCACUCGACACGCACUUCCCGCCGGGGUCAGGGGUGGAGCUCAUCGCAGAGCCCGGUCGUUUCCUCGUUGCCACCGCCUUCACCCUAUCCUCCCAUGUCAUCGCGAAGCGUGAGCUGCCCGAGCGCGGUUCCAUGCUUUAUAUCAACGACGGCAUCUACGCAAACAUGAACUGCAUCCUGUUCGACCACUACCAGCCCACGCCGCGCGUCUUGUACCAUGCUGCGGCGUUCCACUACUUCGACACCACAUCGUCCAAGUCCAGGACGGCCGCGUGCCCGCACCGGACGUCGAUCUGGGGCCCCACUUGCGACGGGCUCGACUGCAUCACCGACGAGUACUACCUAAGGUACGACCUCGCCGUCGGCGACUGGCUCUACUUCGCGAACUUCGGCGCGUACACCUCCAGCGCAGCCACGCCCUUCAACGGUUUCGAGGCAGCUGUGGAGGUUAUCUACAUAGACACCGCGUGA